AGGCGGGGGGCGGGGGCGGCAGCGGCGCUUAACCCAGUUCUCAGAUCAGCCUGCCCCGUCGGUCAGUCCGUACCCUGGGAGGGCAGAGCCAGGACCGGCCUUAGGGAUCGAACCCCCUGAACUUUGGGUCCCGUCCCCUCAGGCCGGGAGGGCAUCCCGGAGUCCCCUUGGGGGUUAGGGUCAGUCGAGAGCAGUGGUCCCUCUUGUCCCACAUCCCCCAGUCCCCUGGCGCCGCAUUCCGCGUGCUAGCGUGUGAACUCCGUGGCCUUCCAGGUGGGGAAGGGGGGGGCUGUUGCGGGCGGCGACGCGGCUGACACGGCUUCUACAGGCUCGCUCCCUCCCUCCUCCCUCCCUCCUUAAACUCUCCGGAAGCGGCAAGUGCUUUGGGAGGGGGGAGGGGGGUAAAGCAGCUGCGAGGAGUUGGAGCGCCCAGGCCAUCGCUGCCGCUCGCAGCGGGCAGAAUUAGGCUGACCGGGAAGGGGGCCUGGCUCUGGAUACCCCCACCCCCGGCUUGGAGAGUCUUACCUUUCCCGAUAGUGGCCGCUGGCAGGACAGACAGACUGACAGUGUUCUGGGACUCGAGGGGAAGCUGCGAAGCCCCAGGACUUUGAGGCGUGCCCGGAGCUAGCAGGGGAUCUGCGGGCUUGGGGUACGAGGAUCCCCAAUACUUGACUUUCACCCUCUUGCCCUCUUCCUGCCCAGCUUGGGGCUGCGGAGGUGCCUUGGGAGACUGAGAGCGGGAGCAGCGGCGUGGGCUGAGGGCCGGGCUAGGCCGAAUGCUGAAGGAGAGGGCGUCCAGGCUCCCCUUACCGGCCGCGUAGCCUUCAGCCAUGGAUGUGACCCCCGGCCUGGCAGUCUGGCUCUUAUGGGCGCUCCUUCUGCACCAUGGCCAAGGAGAGAAGCCUCCAGGAGCCAGCCCCGAGGAAUCAGCAGUGGCAGAAUUCUGCAGGAUUGACAAGCCCUUGUGCCACAAUGAGGAUGAACAGCUCAGCUUCGAGGCCGUCCGAAACAUCCACAAGCAGAUGGAUGAUGACGCCAACGGGAAUGUGGAUGUGGAGGAGAGUGAUGAGUUUUUGAGGGAAGAUCUCAACUACCAUGACCCAACAGUGAAGCACAGCACGUUCCAUGGGGAGGAUAAGCUCAUCAGUGUGGAGGACCUAUGGAAGGCAUGGAAGGCCUCAGAAGUAUACAACUGGACCGUGGAUGAGGUGGUACAGUGGCUGAUUACAUAUGUGGAGUUACCACAGUAUGAGGAAACCUUCCGGAAACUGCAGCUCAGUGGCCAUGCAAUGCCAAGGUUAGCGAUUACCAAUGCAACAAUGACAGGUACUGUUCUUAAGAUGACUGACCGGAGUCACAGGCAAAAGCUACAGCUGAAAGCCCUAGACACAGUGCUGUUUGGGCCCCCUCUCUUGACCCGCCAUAACCAUUUGAAGGACUUCAUGCUGGUUGUGUCCAUCGUCAUUGGGGUGGGUGGAUGUUGGUUCGCCUACAUUCAAAACCGAUACUCCAAGGAGCAUAUGAAGAAGAUGAUGAAAGACCUGGAGGGGCUACACAGAGCUGAGCAGAGCCUUCAUGACCUCCAGGAGAGGCUACAGAAGGCCCAGGAGGAACAUCGGACAGUAGAAGUAGAAAAAGUGCACCUGGAGAAAAAAUUACAAGAUGAGAUCAGCAUUGCUAAACAGGAGGCACACCGGCUUCGCGAACUACGUGAGGGUACAGAAAAUGAGCUCAGCCGCCAGAAAUAUGCAGAACAAGAACUGGAGCAGGUCCGCAUGGCUUUGAAGAAUGCUGAGAAGGAGCUGGAGUCCCAUAGUUCCUGGUAUGCUCCUGAGGCCCUGCAGAAGUGGCUGCAGCUGACUCAUGAGGUGGAGGUGCAGUACUACAACAUCAAGAAGCAGAAUGCAGAGAAGCAGCUACUGGUGGCCAAGGAAGGGGCAGAGAAGAUUAAAAAGAAGAGAAACACCCUGUUUGGAACCUUCCAUGUGGCCCACAGCUCUUCCCUGGAUGAUGUGGAUCACAAAAUCUUAACAGCCAAGCAAGCCCUGAGUGAAGUGACAGCAGCACUGAGGGAGCGCUUGCACCGUUGGCAGCAGAUUGAGAUCCUCUGUGGUUUCCAAAUCGUCAACAACCCCGGUAUUCACACCCUGGUGGCCGCCCUCAACAUCGAUCCCAGCUGGAUGGGCAGCGCCCGCCCCAACCCUUCUCACUUUAUCAUGACAGAUGAUGUGGAUGACAUGGAUGAGGAAAUCGUAUCCCCAGUGUCUCUUCAGUACGCUGCCUUGCUGAUGGGGCGCAGGUUCAGUGAUCGCUCUGUGUGCUCGGCGUCUGUCAGCUCGGAUGAUCAGUCUCUCUGGAAAUACCUGGCUCCCAGCCUGCACAGCAGCGUCCGGCAGCGUCUGGUGGAACCACAGCACGUCCUGGGAUCGCAGAGAGGAUCAUCUCUAAAGACAAACAGGCUCUCUAGUAAGGGGCCUCGCACCCUCUCUGACCCCUCUGAACUUUCUUCCAGAUCAGCUGUAUUUGCUUCCAGGUCCCCCUACUGGCCCCCACACUCUGCUCUUCAAAUGCUGCCUUCACCCUUACUCCUGACUGGGAGACAUAACUGUCCCACCCUCUCUUCAUUCUGGGCCCCAGCUCAACCAGUUGCUGGCAGUGGGACUUCAGGGCCCUUCAUUUUGCCCUUCUCCUCCUUGAGUGCCCCUACCUUUAGGGGUUGGAAAGAGCCCCUGGGACUGGUGAAGCCUGCCUAGGGCUUCCUGGCCCCAGCCCCAUGAAGGCUUCUUCCAGCCUCUUCGAGCCUUCCAUACCAGCCUCCAUGGGAAGGGCUGGGGAUGGAUUCCCCCAGCUUGUGCAUGUUGAAUGUGAUUUGGUGUGGAAAUUUGUAUCCCGGCCUUGCAAAGCAACCCCUUCCCCUGGCCAGUCUCACCACACAAUAAUUACCUCUUAUAUUACCAGAGGAUUUUAUCCUUUCCAAAUCAUAAGCCAAACUCACUGACAUAGGAAGGGACUAGGACCCAAGCUUCAUGACUCCCAGUCUGUCAUUCCCUUUCCUGUACCCUUCCAUUCUGACAACUGACCUUCUCCCCUUAUUUGUCCCCUCCUCCCUACGUGACCCCUCCACUUUUGAUCUCCUUCUUAGCUCUACGGUAGGUGUCAGAGUUUCCACAGAGGGAUGUAAUGCCCUCUGAAAGAGAAUGAAAGCCAGAAGUAGGCUGGACUUCUGUGACACUUCCUCAAAGCCCUCUCAGCAUUUUCUCCAUUUGAUCCCAUCAUCAUGGAAUCUCAGUUGUAAGGGCCAUCCAGUCCUACCCAUACUGGACUAAUGAGCCCGUCUACAGCAUUCCCAGCAAGUGGUGGAAGACCUCCAAAGAAGGGGAAACAGCUACCCCAGAGGCAGCUGGUUUCAUUUCUGAGUGGCUGCUAGCAAGUUUUUCCUUAGUUCAGGCUUAAGUUGUCAUUUCUGCCCAUUCCUCCUGGUUCUGCUCUCUGGAGCCAGGAAAAACCAAAUCUAUCUCCUCUUUCUGGUGGUAUACCUUCAAAUACAUGAAAACAGCUAUUUUGUCAUAUCUUCCCCAUCUCCAAGGCUUUCUGACCACCAGCCUGUGGAGAUUCUGGGCCAGGGGCAAGGUUGCUCUAACUCUUCCUCUUCUUUCUCUUCCCUCCCACCCCCAGCCCUAGCUGGGCCUCACUGCAUGUGCUGUGAUGGUUGGGGUUCUGUGGACAUUCUUAGGAAUUGGGGUGGUUGGACUUAAGACACGGGACAUACUUUUACCUUCUCCUUAGCUGUGUGUGUGUGUGUGUGUGUGUGUGUGUGAGAGAGAGAGAGAGAGAGAGAAUGUGAAUAGAAUAACAGAGCCGGUUCACAUUCAAGGAAGGGAGGGAAGGUUUCAAAACCUAUGAGCCUCCUGGGGUAGCUUCACGUCAUCAUGGACAGGUGUCUAAGGGUUUGGGGAUUUCCUAGGGGGUAUCAGAGGAAGUGGGGAAGAAAGAGCUGUCCUCUCAUUGAAUACAUCUUCCCCCCCGAAGCGGGAGGAGAGGAAUGGAACAGUUACAUGGCUGGCACUACCUGGGGGCCCAGAAAUAUAGCAGAGGUAGGGCCUGAACAAUAUAAAGACCAUUACUUAGUAAUUUUGUGAUAUUAAUAUGUCUCCCUGUCCUUGUCUCACUGUUUGUUUUCUUUUUAUUGUUUCCCUCUUAUUGUUUCCCCCUUUCUCCCCUUGUUCUCCCUUUUGUCUUCUUCCUCUCCCUACUCUUGGACUCCUUUGUUCUACUAUCUUUCCUUCUACCUUUUUCUUUUUUCUCCUCUCUCCCCUGUCUUCUAUCCCUUUUUCCUCCCCAUUCUCUACCCUGCCUUGAUCCCCUCUUGUCUUGAGCAGGGACUUGACCCAUUCCGAUUCGGAGUCCUCCCUCCACACGAGUGACCGCCCUCGCUUCACCCAGCUGGCUGCCAAGCCCCAACAGCUGACCCGAGCCAUGGAUGAAACCCUGUAUGCCCCAACCUCCAAUGGCAGCCACCGAC